GCAGCAGCAGCAGAGGCAAGCGAACAUUCUAUCCUUCGCUUCAUUAGCCCGAGGCUAUUUAGUAGUUAUUCUACUUUCAUCUGGAGCUGCUGUAACUUGGGCUGCUGCUCUAAUUUAAGCCCAGAAAGGACUGUGGGUUCCAUUCGACAUUAAACUUCGAGGGCUAGUGGAGCAUGGGGAAGUGAGGAAGGUAGGAAAGGGUGAAAUAGGGAGUCGAAAAUGGGAAGGUGGUCAUGGAGUGCUCGUGACGGGAUGUAGAAGCAGAGGUGAGCCAACAUUGAAUCCCUCGCUUCGUUAGCCCGGGCCCCAAGGUUGUUUGUUAGUUGCUGCUCUGCAUGUCCAGCAGGGUGAAGCGUCGGUGGUGGUUCUUCCCUGCACCAGUAGAUAUUCUCGGUGGCACUGGGAGAGUUUCUCGUCUUGACCUGAGCAGCAGGAGAGAAGGGUUGAGCGCCGGUGGUUGGUGGUUCUUCCCCGCGCCAGUAGAUAUUUUUGGUGGCACUGGGAGAGUUUCUUGUCCUGACCUGAGCAGCGGGAGAGAAGGGUCGAGCGCCGGUCGUUGGUGGUUCUUCCCUGCGGCAGUAGAUAUUUUUGGUGGCACUGGGCGAGUUUCUCGUCUUGACCUGAGCAGCAGUAUGGCAGGGUUAAGUGCCAGUGGUUGCUGUUUCCGGCGAGAUGGGUGUUCCAGUGCUGUGAUCAGUGAAGUCCUAUGGGCACCUUUAUUGUUUCUGCAUUUUAAACCCCAGAAAGGACAGUGGUUUCGAAUCGACCUUCAACUCCGAGGGCUUGCUGCUUCUUGAGGUGGGUAGGGUGGCAUCGAUGAAUGUACUGGUGGGAUUUCGCCAAAGAGUGGUAGAGGGGCUGGGCCAGUGAGAUACUUACAGAUCGGUAGGGCGGGGCUAUCUGGUCUAUUAAGGGCUUUGAGCAGUGGGAUGAGCUGCAUGAGAUAAAUCGGCAUCUGAAGCAACCCUUUGAUAAGAACCCCCCGCAGCAUCGAUCCCGUAUGUCUUCAAGGAUGGGAAUGCCUCUCUGCAGCUGUUGCGCCACAAGUACAUACCCUGGAGACCUGAUGUCUUACAGGUGGGUCGGUGUGCGUAUGCUACCCAAAUGGUUAGGGCGUGAGGAGAGAGGUGAGGUCUCGGUGGGUUUGCGGAUGCUGAUGAUGUGACACUGUGUAAUCUGUUUGCGAAUAGGCUCCCAGGGGAGUCUUUUCAGGCGGAGGGGAGAUGCAAACUGGGGCUGCGAGUAGGCUGUGAGUCGCAAUGCCAGUUGCCUGUUGGUGUGUGUGUUGGCUGUGCCUCAGCUCACGAGGCUCUCUCUUAUCCGCAGAUGGACUCAGCGGCAGUACAAGGGGUUAUCCUAUUCGGGAAUAUCCAGAUCUAUGCCUGUUUGACUCCCCGAAGCAUUUCUUGUUGACUACGCCCUUCUUCGUCUCUCUAGUACCGAGGUAUCCACCGUAAGCCCGCCCUUAUUUGAACCUAUUACCGUUUUUGGGGCUGGGAGAUCUGGGACUGAUGAUCACUAACAGGAAGUUCUUUGAGUCACUGUGUCUUUUCAAGGGCUCAAGUGUGCCCAGGGGACGGGGGAUACCACUGACAGAGUGGAUAGGGUAGGUCUCCACCUGACCAUGUCGUCAAUACUCGUUGUCCCGAUCUCUCGAUACGGGUGUUUGGAGUCUGAAAAGGAUGAGAUCCAGGCGUGAGUUUUGGGACCUUGGUAAGGUGCUCAGUGCACAGUUUUCCUUUCUGGAUGGGACUGGCAGGUCUUACAAAAUGGCCGACUUGAUGUGCAUGGUUCCCGUCGGGUCCCAAAAUGUGGUCUCUUCAUUGCGCUUAUCCAAACCUUCUCCCCUUGAAAGGGGGGAAGGGAUUUGUAGCGGUCUCUUCUCGUUCACGUGCUGGUGGUCGGAUGUACCAAUCUCAGAAGGAUUGUGCUGCGGUCGCUGAAAGGAAUGGCUGAGAACAGGAAGCAAGCAGGUGAGAGUGGUCGGUCAUCCACUACGGAAGCGCACUGGAGCUGGAUGAUCUUUGAGAUGGCUCUAGGCUGCCGGGACCGGGUUGUAACCAAUUGAUUGGUAUGGGCUGGGACUGAGGAGGUUAGAUUAUGAGUGAGUGUACUCAAAUGAGGAGGUUAAGAUUACGAGUGAGUGUACUCGAAUGAGGAGGUUAAGAUUAUGAGUGAGUGUAAUCAAAUGAGGAGGUUAGAUUAUGAGUGAGUGUACUCAAAUGUGUGGCAAAUGCCAGAAACUAGUUGAGGAUUAAAAAUAAUGCAUCAAAAGGCUGCUGGUAGAACAUACCUGGGAGAUGAUGGUACAAAUUAAGCAGCAGAGUUAUCGGAAUUGGUUUAGGCGCUCAAAUCCUAGGGCACAAGACCAGAUGCCGGGUUAUGGCCUGAGCUGUGCGAGGUCUUGUGGCAAUAAUAAUAAACACAAGUUAUUUAAUGGAAUGUGUCAGGGUGUUCUCCGAUCCAGUCGGCGCCUACGAGGCUUCCUUGGAGCUGGUCUGGGGGAGUCAUCUCAAUUGACAUUCAUUCUGUAGUAUCUGUUGUACCUGUCGUAGGUUAAUCAUUUCACGAAGGGUGAAUCCUGGGCUGCUGGUUGGGGCAAAAGUGAGGUAGUGUGAAUCAUUGGGAUGAAGUAAUAUGCUGGAGAAGUAAUCGGAAUGUAAGACCAAGCUCGGCAGCUCUAUAUCUGUGAGUUAUACACAGGGCCAUGAGAGCACAGAACGAAAUGUGUGGGCGCGUGGGAGCAGCUUUAGUCGCUGUUACGCAACUCUCAAGCGAGGGCAAGGUAAAGUGGUGAUUAUGGUUCGAACUUCGAAAUGCACUUUUGCAGUUAACUUCAGAUUGAAGAGGCUGAAGCAGGGAUUCUUUUUUUCACCACAAGAGGUCCCAGAGAGGUCCCAGAGAGGUCCCAGAGAGGUUGCAAGGAAAGAAAGAGGAUAGAGAAGGUGGGCUUAUUCUCUCCGAAGCAAGGAGAGCAGUUAUGGCGAAAUCAUGUCCCCGUUGAUAACUGAAUCGUGAGGAAGAAGCCUCAGAUUCAUUGCGGCAAUAUGGAAGCAGCCGGGAUCGCAACUGGAUGGACAAAGACAUGUAUACUGUGUAUAGAGAGCCACCAUUUGCUGUGUAGCGGUAGAUUUUCAGACGCCUGGUAGUCGGCCAGGAGCCCAACUGACCCGUAAUCGAGUCAUUAGCAGCUUUACUAUACAGUAUAUCAGGUGGAUUUGCCGAGGCGACUUAUAGCUCAACAGCAUUUGAGAGGGUUUAUAUCCGUCUCCCCAUGUAGAAAGGGGUUUGUGGGCAAAACUGUUGGCUUGCACCUCUCUGGGAAAAGUUAGCGCGUCAUUAUACCCGGUCCGGGGCAUAAAGGUAGCAACACAGGAGCAUCCUGGUUUUGGUGUGUUCGGUCUCAUUCUCUGGACUUGGGAUUACGGCCGGGAAGUUUUCUCACUCGUGGAAUGACAGUUUUUGCAGAAGGUUUUGCCCCCUUUUGGGGUUGGAGCUUCUCCGGCGGAGGGGAAUGCGACCUCUUUUCAUUGGGACAAACGCUUCCCCCGUCACAGUAUCGCUCUCGAGUUUCUACAGGAUACAGCUUCGAUGAGAAAUUUUACUUUUCUGAUGUCCUCUCUCUCUCUAUGUGUAAGUUUCUGAUCACGUACGUUCCUUCAUUCUUGUCACUCCCUGUCACAUUCGUGACGUCGGGAGCGUUGGUCUUGUGAACAUUUUGACUGAACAUCACAAUUGGCUGUCUGCUUCGCAAGUUUACGUUUUUGUCUUUUUUGAAGCUGGAUUCAAAUUUGGAUUUGAAGUUUGGAAAAUCAAUUGAACAGAACACA